UCUUAUUAAAUAAAACCCAUCUGCUUCUCGAUGCAUGUGCUUCUCCUCUCACAGUCAGAUUAGCAUGGUUUAUAGACGCACACUGAAACCCUGCUGCAAGUCGUGGGAGGCUGAAAAGGAGGGGGGGAGGAGACAUAGAGAAAAUGCAUGGGAGGGAGGAGAGACAGCAAACCAGAGAAACGAGGAACAGGUCAGGAAGGAUACGAUUGACUCUCGGCUCUGUGGAUCCAGGGAUUCAGUUUUAGUUUCUUUGUUUUACUUGGGCACUUGUCUUGGUGGCUCGGUGAGGACAUCACACCGCAGAGUUUCCCAUAGAGGCCCCCUGGGAGUGGACGAGAAAGCGCUCCGAGGUCAUUGCCAUGUCUGCUCCUGGUUACCCAGGCUCUUACAACCAGCCACCCUAUCCCAUGCCUCAGCACGGCGGCCAGUCCAUUGCCCCUUAUCCUGUUUCCCAGGGAGGGUAUGGAGAUCCGGGUCAAGCUCCUCCCCCGGGCUUUAACAUGGGCUACAACCCAGGCCAGCCUCCAGUCAUGUACCAGCCAGCACCAGUCGCCACAGCUCCAGGGCCAGACUACGGCGGAGCUCCGGGAGCGAUCUCCCCGGCCCCGGUCGGUGUGCCAGCUGCAGUUCCUGUGGGGUUACCUCCGGGGCUUGAGUACCUCACUCAGAUCGACCAAAUCCUGAUUCACCAAAAAGUGGAACUCCUAGAGGCUUUUAUCGGGUUUGAGACCAACAACCAGUACGAGAUAAAGAACAGUCUUGGCCAAAAGAUCUACAAGGCCAAAGAGAAGAACGACUGCUGCACCAGAAACUGCUGCGGCUCGCUGCGCAGCUUCGACAUGAAGAUUAAGGACAACAUGGACAGAGAGGUCAUCCGCCUCAUACGGCCGUUCCGCUGCGUUUCCUGCUGGUGUCCCUGCUGUCUGCAAGAGAUGGAGGUCCAGGCGCCGCCCGGCACCACCAUAGGCUAUGUGAAACAGGACUGGCACCCUUUCCUGCCUCGGUUUUCCAUCCAGGGAGCGAACAAGGAGACGCUGAUGAAACUGGAAGGGCCCUGCUUCGCCUGCAACUGCUGCGGAGACGUCAACUUUGAGCUGAAGGGGAAAGAUGGAGACAAGCCCAUCGGUCGCAUCAGCAAGCAGUGGAGUGGUCUCCUGAAAGAAGUCUUCACCGACACGGACAACUUUGGCAUCCAGUUCCCACUGGACAUGGACGUGAAGAUGAAAGCUGUGCUCAUGGGAGCCUGCUUCCUCAUCGAUUUCAUGUUUUUCGAGAAAGUCGGAGAGGCCAACCAGCGCAGCAGCGUGUUUUCAUAACAGAGGAAAGGAAAGGAGGGCAAACAACAGCAUGGGAGGAAGGACUUUAUCCAGUUAUGCAUGUUUCUGUUUAUUACUUUUUUCAUUUCUUUUUUGAUCUUCACCAGAUUCCAGCCAAUAUGGUGCUAACACCACAUGUUCAGACCAGUAUGAGCUAAUGAACUGUGAUUCCAGACGUCUGCCAAGUUUUUUGUUAACAAUCCAAACUCAGACACUGACGCCAUGUUGCCAAUAUUCCUUACACUCCAUGUAGUCUGUUUAAAUUUGAAUCUAUUUGCAUCUGCUGAGAUUUCCUCUUUCAUUAUUGAUGCUGUGCUUUUUGUGAUUAUUAUUGCACAUGUAUACGUUCUUAUAGAGAAGAAUACACCAGACAGAAGCAGUCUGUUGAUCCACCACUUUGGUCUAGACUGAAAUAUCAGUGAUAUUGCAAAUAUUUGCAUGCAAGCAAGCUAAACUAAGACAGCUAACACUGUAAAUAUUAUACUUUUUGAAAAUCAGCAUGAUAGCAUGGUCACUGUGUGCCUUUUUAUGCAAGCUAAUGUUAAUAUUUAGCUCGAAGCAUUGCUCAGCCUAACCCAGACUCACAGAGCUGCUAGUAGCCUCUUAGCAAACGCUGUAGACUUUAUCUUAAAACUUAUAAAAUUAGAAAUAUAGUCAACUAAGCACUAUCUACAGUAAUCUGUUGUUAUAUAGCUUGUGCCAGGAAGUUGUGGUUGGGAUUAUAGACUGUACAUAAAGAUGGACGACCUGUCUCCACUUCCUCCCACUAUCCAGAAAUGAUGGCAAAAUAUCAAGGAUGCGAACGCUGCCAUCUUGCGCAUUUGGAGCCAGAGUCAUAGAUGGGGGGGUGGAGCCACAGUAUCAAGGUCCCAUCGAUAUCUGUGCUCGACCAAUCUUGUUUCAUUUGAUGUGUAAUAUGACUUCAUGUUUUUGUCCGUGUUCCAUCCACUAACACGGAGAAGGCAGGUUUUAUGACCUAUUCUGCAUCUAGCCACCAGGGGUUGAUCAAGAUGCUUAGCGCACAGCCAUGUCGUCCCUCUUUCUGUACAGUCUAUGGGCGUGACAGUGAGACUAAUGGGAGAAUGUUUAAUAUCUUGUAGUCAGCGUUGACAUAUGUGCUGACAGUAUUUACCAAAGUGCUCUUUCUCUACCUCUACACUGUCUUUCUCUUUCUCAGACCUAGUCUACAUAAUCUGAACAGAACUGUAGCUCACACUCCUCCUCCGUGUUGUAGUUGUUGCCGUGGAGACUGGUGCCACAGUCAAACCUUGCCCUCCAGUUGCUCCAGAUGCGUUGGACUGGAGACAGUGCGAUGAAAAAUAGAAACGUGGGAAAGGAAAUUAAAAAAACAGAAGUUAGGGUUAGUGAAUGUUGAUGUGACGUGGGGAAGAUACCUGUGUGUAAAAAGUGCAGUGAGGAAAUAUGCUUUAGUUUUUGUGCAGAGAGUAACCUCAAUGUGGACUCGUGACUUUUGGUCUUGAGAAUCAUUUUCUAUUUGAUUCAUAUAAUCAUCAGAGCUCCUAUGGGGCUCAGUUGCCACUAUUGCUUUCCAAUCUAAACUCUGUAUUACACUGUCAGUAACUGUGUCUUAUUACUUUUAACUGUAAAUAUGUAACCAUUCGUCUGUCUGCAGUCUGACCUCUGAUGAGGACAGAGAAAGUAGCCAGAUUGUGCCUUUUUUGAAUCAGUUAUAUCUGCAGCCACCUCUUUGUACUAUUUUCCAUAAAUGUGUGUCUUGUGAUUGUUAUAUACUUUGUUACAUAAAGAAUACGUUGUAGUUCA